GUAGAAGUGUUUUCAUAACUUCGUGUUGAGAGAGAUUAAUUAUUUAUUGGUAAUAAUAAUUUUAGUUGCUUUCGCUUCCAGACAGUGCGAAAGUGCCUACUACUUGGAGGUCAGUAGAGGUGAACCACAUCAUUUUCGUGUGGUAUCACGCUGAGGGAGAGGAGCCAUCCUACGAAAUACAACCAUUAAAGGAAAUAACGAGUUCUGGGGGAUACAAGUAUGUCGGACGCUUUGAAUAUUUAAUGGAUGCGCAUACUGAGGACAUCCUGCAAAAUUUGGCUGACAACUUCCAUGUGGAAUAUUUACACGUUCCUCGAAUGGGAUUUGCGGGUGCUGACUUGGACGGCUUCUGGAGGAAGUGGAUCUCAUUCUUCGUCAAAUUGAAUCAAAAAACAUCCUGGGAACCUGAUGCAGACCAUCCACACUUGUCGUGGACUCGCACUGAAUUUCAGUUUAAAUUUCUCAAAAAAUUUUUUAUUCCGAACGGACUUCAGGUUGUAAAAUGUGUUGGGCCAGGCUAUGUAGAGGUCACAACAUUAUUUACAAACGUCAAAGCAUACAUGACGGUGCUCAUUACGCCAAUUGGGCCACUUAAAGUUCGGAUGGCUGGACAACUAUAUACGCGACCAUGCCACGUUCUCAUGGGUCGAUUCAUGCUGCAUGGAUAUUAUAAUAACGUUGAGGAUGAUGUCACGAUAUGGAAUUAUGGCAAACCAAGAUUGCAACUUAACGCGAUAAAGGAAGAAGGACCCCUUGUCAACUUCAGGAGAUGGUACAGUCAGUUCUAUUCAAACAACAGCUUCUCAUUAGACUAUGAGCGGAGGAAUAUUUGACAAUGAUUUUUCAAAUACACACCAUUGUUGUGGAAUUUUCGCAUAGGUUAUAGGAUUAGAGGAGAAGCAGAAUUUUGUCAUAUGAUGUUUGAUUCAAUUAAAAUAAGUACCCGCAUAAAAUUUUUGUUGUAUUAACACCCGACAAAUUAGGAGUAUUACCUCCUUCAGGCUUUUGUGAUGAACGAGGAAUUAAAAAUGUCUUCAGAUGAUCGAUUUUGUACUGAGACCUGAUUUUUACGUUUUAAAAUUUUAUUACGUACCAAGUAAUUACAGAGCUAAAUGUAUUUAAGUA